GGCCAAGUCAGCCGCCUUCCGAAUGUCUUUCCACCAGCUUAGACUUCUCGUUUUCAGUUCGCUGAUCAACUGCUUUCUUUGCGCCCAUGUGGUGUUCGUGGAUCGGUUCUCGUUCAUUGUCGAUGAUCACGACCUUUUCCUAUCCCAAAGUGCUGUUCUCGAACAGGAGUCGAAUCGCAGCUAUAUCUCCGGGAACAUGAUGAUUAAUCGUUUGGUCAAUGACUUAACACUAGUUUCGUCAAUGGAUAUCAAGCGUCCUUCGCGACCAGAAAUGCGCCUCUACAGUGUUAAAUUGAACUUCUGCUCCAUCUUGAAUAAUGGCUAUAAGAACAGGUUUAUCAGAAUGCUUUACAAUAACUAUGCGCAGUUCCUCAACACCAAACCCAAGUGCCCACUUAAGCCGAACUUUAAUUACACCCUGACUAGGGCCUAUGUCGAUGAAGAAAUGUUACCAGAUCUGCUUCCAGAGUGCACCUAUCGCAUGAAAAUGUCUUUUCAGCAAAAAUCAAAGCAAUUAGCUCACAUGCAAAUUGAUGGAAGAUUGCUCACCAAACGUUAACACAACAAACCCAAUGUUUUAUUUUUCAAUAAAAUAAAAAAAUGUAGCAAAUAGUCCAAGCAAUAAUCAAUAUGUGGAGCAUGGAUUUUCUGUUACGGAUUCGGUUGGAUGAAUUAAACAAUUACCGCCAAAUUGGGCCAGCUACAGAAUCGACCAAUGUGUUAUGCGAAUUUAUAUGUCAUUUACGUGAGCUAUUAGCUUAUUAAAUCUACCAAAACU